AAUUCUAUAGGUCAGACUAUUGGUGUUUGUUACUAUCGUAAUUGUGGAUUAAUAGAAUUUUAAAGUGUUUCUCGAAUAUGAGUGAACAGCUAAAAACUGUUUCUGCUAUGAACAAGCUAUACAUAGGCAACCUCCCUAUCGAAGCUGACGAAGCAGCUGUCAGGCAGCUGUUCGCCGAACAAAACCUCACGGUAGCCGACAUUUCGGUAAAGAGAGGCGGUUAUGCAUUCGUCGAUUUUCCUGACCAGUCGGCGGCAGACAGGGCUAUCGACAAACUUCAUGGUUACUCAUAUUGCGGUCUUCCUUUGGUCGUCGAACCUUCGGUUGCAAACAAGAAAAUUGUCAGUGUGCCGAAUCUGCAAAGCACGAGCACUACCCAACUAAAAGAAACUAAUAGCGACUCCCCAUCUGGUGGCUGGAGGCAGCUUAUUAGAUAA